UAAGAUGAUGAUAUAUUUUCCUAAUUCUAAUAUAUUUUUCCACAUAUUAUUUAUUUAAAUGAGCUUUUUAAUAUUGUAAAAAAUUUGGUAAGAAAUUAUAAAAAUGAAUUAAAUCGGCUUUUUCAGCUUUGAAUAAAAUAAAAUUUAAUGCCUCGUUUCGUAAAAGCGAGAUUAGAAUAGAAUUCUUCAAAGUAAUGAAAUGAAAUGAAACGACAUAGAAGAAUAAUGGAAACGACAUGAAAAAGUGAAGAAAAGAUGCAAGCUCAAGCUCAAGGUGGUCAUGGUGGUCAAGGUCAGGUUCAGGUUCCGGCGAGCGAAGUGUUCUGGUCACUGGUCCACAAAGCCGAUAAGAAAUUCUCCAAAAUCAGAGAUCUUCCCUAUUACCACCGCAACAGGCAGGAGUACGAUGCUUACUUCUACAAGGUCUUCAAGGUCUACACUCAGGUAUGGAAGUUCCAGCAAGAAAAUCGUCACAAACUCGUCGAAACUGGCCUCAAGAGGUCAGAGAUCGGCGAUAUUGCCUCUAGGAUCGCUCAGCUCUACUUCGCUCACUACAUGAGGACCAGUCAGGCAAGCUAUCUCCACGAGGCUUUCAUCUUCUACGACGCCAUUCUCACUCGAGACUACUUCAAUUUCCACUCUCACUCCAAUGCUUCACCUCACGACAUCUCCCUCGCCUCCAAACAUCUCCGCUUCAUUUCAAGGUUUCUGAUGGUGUGCUUGCUUUUGAACCGGCGAGAAAUGGUUCAGCAACUGCUUAACCAGCUCAGGCUUUUGCUUGAUGAAUGCAAGAGGACCUUCAAAGAAACCGACUUCAAGGAAUGGAAGCUGGUUCUUCAGGAGCUGGUUAGGUUUUUGAAAUAUGACACCAAUUUUAUGAAUAUCAGGCCUCUUAGGUAUAGUGUUGUGUUGGACACUUUUUCCGAUUCGCUGUCUCCACACAACUGUUCUAGGAAUUUGAGGCUUCGAGACGCUGUUCUCGCCAGUUAUCAUCACAAUGAGGUAAAAUUUUCAGAGGUAACUCUUGACACUUUCAGGAUGCUUCAGUGUCUGGAGUGGGAGCCCUGUGGCUCAUUUUACCAAUCAAAUCUAACCAAGAAUGGUCACAACGGACCUUCUGCUGCCCCUAAAGAUAUUCUCGACCCUACACUGCCUCCUAAUCCUAGAAAGGCGGUUUUAUAUCGUCCUUCCAUCACACAUUUUCUAGCUGUUGUUGCCACCAUAUGUGAAGAGCUCCCUCCUGAUGGAAUUUUGUUAAUUUACUUGUCAGCUUCAGGUGCUCGGUACACUGAUACCACCUCCCCUUCUCCAUUAGGAUCUGUGUUGGAAAGAUUAGACCCUUCUUCCGAGCAGCCUGAAGAAUGCAGCUCAGCAUUAAAUUCUGGUUGUUUACACUUUGGGACUCGUGGGAAUGGAGGAAUAAAUUGCAUUUAUCCCAGUGACCUGGUUCCUUUUACAAGAAGACCACUUUUCUUAGUUAUUGAUGGUGACAGUAAUGAAGCAUUUGAGGCGAUAAAUGGAGCAGCAAAAGGAGAAAUGGCAGCAAUCCUUCUUUCUCCGAGAAGUUCGUAUCACUGCACCAGCACUGGUUCGCCUCUUCAUUCUACCGGAAGUCUAUUCACUGUUUUUCUUACAGCUCCAUUACAGGCUUUCUGUUUGUUGCUUUGCAUUUCUGACUCAGAUGUUGAAAUGGAUACAUUUGUUAAGGCUGAGAAAUUGAUCUCAUCUUUCUUAAAAGAUUGGGGUGUAAAGUUAGCUGCAUCAGACUCCCUUCAUCCUGUGUGGGCUCAGAUUUUGAACGACCCUUUCCUUAGGCGACUUGUCUUGAGGUUUCUGUUCUGUCAGGCAGUGCUUGCAUUACAUGCUCCCACAUUCAAUAAAGAUGAAUUCGUACCAAAGUCUCUGCCUGCGCUCCCACCAUCUUUCCUGCCUUCAACUGUCUUAUGUCAAACGCUAGUUAUGCAGCUAGCGAAUAUCUUCGGUGCUACCAACAGUUUCAUAUUCUCUGAUUCGGUUGCACUUCCAGAAAAUGCAUACGGUGACACAGACUCAAUGUCAUCUUCUUGAAAGCAUGGGUGGAGAGCCAAUCUGUAUCAGUUCAAACAGUCAAAAUAUCCGAGUUGUGUUUUCAUAAUUGUGCUUUAAGUAGGUUACAAAUUUACAAGUGUGGAAAUUCAGGGUUAAAUUGUGGAAUGGUCAAUCUCACUUUGUUAAAAUCAAGAUCACUUGAAGGUUGUUAUGAUGUGAUGUGGCACAAUUUUGUGUGUUGAAUCAUCAAAUUGGAUGGUAAAAAUUGCCUGGCAUACAAAGCUGAGUUGAGUACCAUGAUAUAUUUUACUAUUUUUGUGACCAUGACAUUAUUUUGUAAUGAAGAUAUAUAAUCAAGUAAAGUAUGGUUUUUCUAUGAUGAAAA